UAGCCAAUGGCACAGCUUUAUUUUCGCGCCUAGCAAUAGCUAUAAAAGGUGAGUUUCUGUGUAUUAUUACCUGUACUCAUUUUUGGUGGAGGUCAAGCCUAUUUUGUCAUGUCUGGACGGGGAAAGCAGGGCGGUAAAGCUCGCGCCAAGGCUAAGACGCGCUCCUCUAGGGCUGGACUCCAGUUCCCCGUGGGCCGUGUGCACCGCCUGCUCCGCAAGGGGAACUACUCCGAGCGGGUCGGGGCCGGCGCGCCAGUGUACCUGGCAGCCGUGCUGGAGUACCUGACGGCCGAGAUCCUGGAGCUGGCGGGCAACGCGGCCCGCGAUAACAAAAAGACGCGCAUCAUCCCGCGCCAUCUGCAGCUGGCCAUCCGCAACGAUGAGGAACUCAACAAACUGCUGGGCAAAGUGACCAUCGCGCAGGGUGGCGUCCUGCCCAACAUCCAGGCGGUGCUGUUACCCAAGAAGACCGAGAGCCAUCACAAGGCCAAGGGUAAAUAAGGUCUGAAAUCUGACUAAACCAAAGGCUCUUUUCAGAGCCAUCCACCAAUUCUUCGGAGGAACUGAGCACUUUGUUUUCUGUAAGCCUAUGACAAAUACCUGGCUGAAACCAAGCACAUAAAAUUCAGUAGCUUGCUCAAUUUAAAAAUAAACAGCUCGUCUUUAUUACCCUUUCUUCAGGAACAUUUCGUUCUCAGUUGCUAAAAAGCAAAGUUGUGACGGUUUCCUCCUGGGAGAAUGUUAAAAUACUUAGGUCAUUUCUUCUCUCAGGGCUUUUACCAGUAGUAGAGCCUGAUAGUUCAUUGAUACCUAAAACCUCACCCUUAAUCCAAACACUUUUUUAAGUGCUGCCCAGAUUUACUGGAAAAGUUCGAAUCACUGAUCAAUGUACAUCUAUUACCGCGCACAUACUGAUUAAGAACACAAAUUUUCGUAUGAAUAGUCCAAUUUGCCCUUUAAUUGCAUCAAAAUCAGUUAAUGAAAAGAUAGCUACUCACUGAUAUCAUUUAGUCGAGCACCUAUCAAGCCUUCUUAACCAACACCACGCUUUUCCAGGGUUGAAUGUUCCUUAGUCUAUUUUUAAACUAUCUUUGUUUUGAGUUUUGGU